AUGUUGGUUGUUAUGUGUGGCGCAGUGGGCCCGUUGGGCGCGGGCCACCGCUGCGAGGUGUGCGGCAAGCUGCUGUCCACGCGGCUCACGCUCAAGCGGCACACGGAGCAGCAGCACCUGCAGCCCCUGCACUCGGCGCGCUGCAGCCUCUGCCACAAGGUGUUCCGUACGCUCAACUCGCUCAACAACCAUAAGAGCAUCUACCACCGCCGGCAGCGCGGCGUGCCGCAGCAGACGCAGCCGCAGAACCUCACCACCGGCCCCGACACUAAGAUCAAUCCGCCACACCACACCAUUGACUUCUACAAGUUCAAAGACCAGUUCAACGUCUAA